AUGUGGAGCGUAUCAACUCGUCCAUGGAAGACAUUAACAAGACGCAGUGUGGCUUCACGUCAUCUACGAGCGUCAAUAUUAACUGCAACUUUUUCCAAUUUUACCGACAUGAAAGAUGAGAAAGUGAUGUUGCAAAUGAACAAGUGGAAACAACAGGAACCCAUUGAAAAAGCUAAAUUUCUAUCGAUUCAAGUGGAUCGGUCAGCGCUCAAACAACCAAGUGGUGUAUUAACUAGUACUUCUUUAUCUAUGGAGUUACCACAUGGAAAGAGCAAAGAGAAUGCAUUAGUGCAUGUCUUACGCUCAAUGAUUGAAGUAAAGGGACCGCUUACAGUAGCGGAAUUUAUGACACGAGCAUUGAGUCAUCCGGAUCAUGGAUAUUACAUGAAGAAAGAUGUUUUUGGCAGCAAAGGAGACUUUACGACAGCACCAGAGAUUAGUCAAAUGUUUGGAGAGCUUGUUGCAGUGUGGUGUAUAGCUACGUGGCAGCAAAUGGGGAUGCCUAGUCAUAUUAAGAUCGUGGAAAUGGGACCGGGAAGAGGGACACUUAUGACUGACUUUUUACGUGCUGCCAAGUCAUUUCCGUCGUUUUAUAACGCUAUUGAGAUUCAUAUGGUAGAUAUUAGUCCAGCGAUGCAAAAGAUCCAGCAAGAGACGCUGAAAUGUAAGCCAAUAGAUGACACGAAAGUGCUUGAGAAUACCAUGCGUCUGCCUGAUAAUGGGCCGAUGAUUCGCUGGCAUGCGGACUUUGCAAAUGUCCCGCAUGGCCCGAGUUUGAUGAUUGCCCAAGAACUAUUUGACGCAUUACCAGUACAUCAGUUCGAGUACACUGACCGUGGUUGGUGCGAGCGCCUUGUGGACGUCGACUUUGAUGAUGGCGGUGACCACUUCCGCUUUGUGUUGUCGCCAGGCCCAACACCAGCCACGCGAGUGUACAUCGGCCGCGAGAAACUAUUUGACCCGACGACUGCUCUAUCGCAUGUGGCUGAGACCCAUAUCUCUAGUGUGGAAGAUCUUAAGAAGAUGGAGGAGACUGUGAUUCGGCGCCUGGACGUUGCAGAUGUAGCGGGCACUCCUGUGCGUACGGCGCAGGCUCAGGUCGGAGACAAGAUUGAGAUUUCUCCUGUCAGUAUCGCGUUGGUGCAGGACAUGGCCAAGCGCAUCGCGCAGUCGGGCGGUGGCGCGCUGAUUGUGGACUACGGCUACGACCAUCCAUCAGAGCUCAGUCUGCGUGGCAUCAAGAACCAUGAGUUUGUGAGUGUGCUACGUGAGCCAGGUGACGUGGACCUGAGUAUUGACGUGGAUUUUGCCACGCUGCGACGGUUUGCGACAGCAGAACCUAAAGUCCAGAGCAUUGGUCCCAUUGGCCAGGGUACGUUCUUGAAGAACAUGGGCAUCGAGCACCGUCUGGCGAUGUUGCUGCAAAACACAGAGUCAGACAAGAUUCAGCGGGACCUGUUCUCCUCGUACGAGCGUCUAGUGGGGUCCGAACAAAUGGGAAUCAUUUUUAAGGUCAUGGCACUAACACACACAGAUGUCGGUCAUCCUGUAGGUUUUGAGGAGAUAUCAACUGAUCGAGCUGAGUCGAAAUAA